GAAAAAAGAAAAAGAAAUUAUACUGGAAAUGCCUAAGCUUAGCCACUCCUCUCACCAUUUUCAUUUAUUUCAUUCAUCUUUGUGUAGCAGCAAGUAGUUUAACUACUUCCAUUUCAUGGCAUAUGCCCAAGCUCUUUCUGCCUCAAUCUCCUACGCCUCGGCUUCUUUCAACAAAGUUUUGCCUCAAGGAUUCCCACAAUCCAAAGGGUUAAGCUAUUUUGUGAUGAAUUCAAGAGCCAACCAGGCUAAGCAGGCCCACAUUUGUGCGGAGAUACAGAGAGAAAGGGACCCAAUGGCAAAGGAUCAUGCUGGGAUAAAGGUUCCUCAUGUGUUGACUGUGGCCGGCUCUGACUCAGGGGCCGGUGCCGGAAUCCAAGCUGAUCUUAAGGCUUGUGCUGCACGUGGUGUUUAUUGCUCUACGGUUAUAACAUCAGUCACUGCUCAAAACACUGUUGGUGUUCAGGGUGUUAACAUUGUGCCUGAGGAAUUUGUUGCAAAACAGCUGAAGUCUGUGCUAUCUGAUAUGCAAGUUGAUGUGGUGAAAACAGGUAUGCUACCUUCUAGUGGUAUAGUGAAGGUUCUUCAUCAGAGUCUCAAGGAUUUUCCAGUUCGAGGUUUAGUGGUUGACCCUGUAAUGGUGUCUACAAGCGGAGAUGUUUUAGCUGCUCCUUCUGUUCUUGCAGUGUUUAGAGAGCAGCUUCUUCCUAUGGCUGACAUUGUAACCCCAAAUUUGAAAGAGGCAUCAGCUUUACUUGGGAGUCCGAAACUUGAAACAGUCGGUGAUAUGCAUGCUGCUGCAAAAGCAUUACAUGAUAUGGGUCCACGAAAUGUCCUCGUCAAAGGUGGUGACCUUCCUGAUUCAUUGGAUGCUAUUGAUAUUUUCUAUGAUGGUAAAAACAUCUUUGAACUGCGCUCCUCGCGCAUAAAGACUCGUAAUACUCAUGGCACCGGGUGCAGUUUGGCUUCAUGCAUAGCAGCUGAGCUGGCAAAAGGUUCUUCAAUGCUUCAAGCGGUUAAGGCAGCUAAACACUAUAUUGAAGCUUCCUUGGAUUAUAGCAGGGACCUUGUCAUUGGAAAUGGCCGCCAAGGCCCCUUUGAUCACUUUCUCAGGCUUAAGAGAAACAUGCACAGCACUUACAGGGAAAAUGCAUUUGACCCAAGUGACUUGUUCUUGUAUGCUGUUACCGAUUCAAGAAUGAAUAAAAAAUGGGGUCAUUCUAUUUCAGAUGCUGUUAAAGCUGCCGUAGAAGGAGGUGCUACCAUUGUUCAACUAAGGGAGAAAGACAUUGAAACACGUGAUUUUGUAGAAGCAGCCAAAUCAUGUCUCGAAAUAUGUCGCUCUCAUGGGGUGCCUUUUCUAAUAAAUGAUCGUGUUGAUGUUGCUCUUGCUUGCGAUGCUGAUGGGGUGCAUGUUGGACAAUCUGACAUGCCUGUUCGUGUUGCUCGCGAUCUACUAGGCCCUGAAAAAAUCAUCGGUGUGUCGUGCAAGACCCCAGUGCAUGCUGAGCAAGCAUGGGUUGAUGGUGCUGAUUAUAUAGGAUGCGGUGGUGUAUUUCCAACCAAUACAAAGGAAAACAAUAUUACUGUUGGGUUGGAUGGGUUGAAAACUGUUUGUAUGGCUUCUAAGCUACCUGUUGUUGCCAUUGGAGGUAUCGGGAUUUUGAAUGCACGUUCGGUGAUGGAAAUUAAUGAGUCGCAGUUGAAGGGCGUUGCUGUUGUUUCAGCUUUGUUCGACAGAGAAUGUGUUUUGACAGAGACUAAGAAGCUGCAUUCAGUGCUAAUGGAGGUAACAUAUAUGAAGUGAUAAUAAUUUUUUUUUGCUAUUGUAAAAGCAAUGCCAAUGAAAAUUUCAUUGAUUGUAUUGUAUUUUGUUGUCGAUUCUUGGAGGCAAUUGUUUUACUUAAUUUUUUUGUUAAAUUGUUUUCAUUUUUAUUUUCCUUGAACAAUUAAAUUGUGUUCAUUGAAUUAAGGGAAAAAUUAUCACUACCAAA